UCUAUCUAUUGUGGAUAUUUCACUUGGCUAAAGGGGCAGUAAUAAUCUGUGGGGUCCAGUUUUGGACUUUUUGUUCCUGAAACUACUGGUCUAUAAUUUUUAUAAAUUUACCAUCGACAAUAGAACACCAACAAGACUAAUAUAUGUUUUCCUUGUUCCAGGUGCAAAUGAGUUAGUUCCGUAAUGUCAAGCGCGGAGGAGAGUCAACUGUGACACGAUGGUGAUACGCUGUCUACUGCUUGUGCUGCUCUGUGCUAUACCCCACAUUAUAUGUGGUCACAGACACGGCCAUGACAUCUCAACGGAGGAUCCUGACAUCAUAGAGCAGCAUCACGAUAACACCACGCACCAUGGCAAGGAUCGAGGUGGCUGGUCGCAGUGGAGUGAAUGGUCCCUCUGUUCACGGACCUGUGAUGGUGGUGUGUCGCGACAGCUCCGGACGUGUUCGUCACCUGCCGGCUGCAGGGGCGAGCCUGUUCGAUACAAGAUAUGUAAUAUGCAGCCAUGUCGCGGCAACAUCUCUUUACUAGAAGAAGACAUAUGGCGCGAGCAACAAUGCAGCGCUCACGACGACACACCGUACGGCGGCGAGCUGUUCCAUUGGCGAGCACAUCGGGACGAUGCAGAACCUUGUGCUCUGACUUGCCGGGGGACGCCACAGCAUUUAGGGCAGACUCCUGAACCAACGGUAUCCCUGGACGAUGAGGAUCGGGUGGUGGUGGCAGUCCUCGCAGCUAGGGUGUCUGACGGCACCAGGUGCAGGCCCGGCAGCCUCGACAUGUGUAUCGAUGGCAGGUGCCAGCGCGUCGGCUGCGAUCUUCGCGUGGGGUCAACCCGCCGUGUCGACGAAUGUGGGGUCUGUGGUGGUGACGGAUCCUCGUGCUCCAGACCUCGAUACCACUGGCUAGCGACGCCGGGGUCGCUGUGCUCCGCUACUUGCGGAGGAGGAUAUAAGAUGUCUCUAGCUGUGUGUCGGGACCGCCUCACCGGUUCCGACGCCCCUGAACAGUUGUGUGACGCGUCCAGCAAGCCUCAAGCAUCUGUUGUCAGGUGCAACACGCAUCCUUGUCCUUUUAAAUGGUACGUCGGCGAGUGGUCGGCGUGCAGCGCGACGUGCGGCGGCGGCGUGCGCUCCCGGCGCGUGCUCUGCGCGCGAUCAGCAAACGUCACCAAAGCUGAUACGUAUGAACCUGGUGCAAAUGCGGAGCCUGGCUGCGUGUCUCCAGCUCCUCGCUCGACACAGCCGUGCAGUCAGCACGACUGCCCGGUAUGGGUUGCUGGACCUUGGUCAGGGUGUUCUGUAUCUUGCGGUGAAGGAGUACAAGUUCGUGGUGUGGAGUGCACGCCAUCUGGCGGUGGCUGCGACCCUGCCACCAGACCGGAGAUAUCGAGAGCCUGCUCAACAGGCAUCAGCUGCCCGGCGUACAGGGAAUCUGAGAAACCCGAGGAUGAAAUCGAAGACCUCCUACCUGGUGUAGUGUACCACACUCAACCGCUGAUCCAGCCGUAUCCACCUCCUCCAGCGAAGGCUGAGCGUCUGAUUGGCGAACCUGAUGUACCAGUUGAAGCUACUUACAUCAAGGAUGACGACUGGGGCCCAUGCAGCGUGACAUGCGGCGAAGGUUGGAGAAAGAAGGAGGUUCAUUGCAAAAUAUUCCUGGAAUUCAGUAGAACGAUUGCGAAACUACCGGACAGUAAAUGUUUGGGUCCCAAACCCGCAGAGGAUACUGAACGAUGCGUAAUGGAACCUUGUUCAAUGGCAUACGGAUCGUCAUUCGGUGAUUCCGGUGCUCCUUCAUAUAACAACAACAACAAUAAUGGUGGUGAUAGCAGUGUGCUCACGUUUUGGACAUCAAGCAACAUCAGGGUGGCUCCUGGUUCUCCAGGAAAGUCAUACUCUUGGGAAGAAAAAGGAUACACUAGCUGCAGUGCAUCAUGCCUUAGCGGUGUUCAGGAGCUCAUCAUUCAGUGCGUAAGGGAAGAAGAUGGGAAGAAUGCAUCGCCAUACAUGUGUGACCCUCUCACGAAACCGGAGAACAGAGUUAGGACCUGUAACGACCAUCCUUGCCCACCAAGAUGGAACUAUACUGAGUUCUCGCAGUGUACGAAAUCGUGCGGCAUCGGGAUACAAACUAGAGAGGUCACUUGUAUACACGAGGUAACUCGUGGUGGUACCAAUACAGUGGUGGUACCGAACAGCAUGUGCCCCCAGCCACCGCCACCAGACCGGCAGUACUGCAACGUGCUGGACUGCCCCGUCAGGUGGCACUCGGGAGAAUGGUCUAAAUGCUCCAAGACUUGCGGUGGAGGGGUCAAACAGAGAGAUGUGGAGUGUAAGCAAAUAAUGGCUCAGUCCCACGUGGUGGAGCGCCCGGCGUCGCUCUGCAGUUCCCCAAGACCUGCCUCCACUAAGUCUUGCAACUCAAGGCCGUGUCUACUGGACACAGCGUCGCCAGAGAUAUCUCUUGCCAACUCCUCUUAUAUACAGCAUGAUCCAAAGAAGAAAAAGGUGACUGUAAAAGUCGGUGGUUCAGCGACUAUAUUCUACGGAACCCAAGUGAAGAUCAAAUGCCCUGUGAAGGGAUACAAUAGGACCAAGAUACAAUGGGCGAAGGACCACCAGAUCAUCAGCAAAUCAAAGAAAUAUAAGAUUUCCAGAAAGGGUGCUCUCCGCAUCAACUCCCUAUCUCUUCGCGACCACGGAGUAUACACCUGCGUGGCUGGAAGGUCCAGUGCCAACCUGACGCUUCUGGUAAAGCCGAGACCUGGAGAGUUUCCUUCCAGUGAAGAAAUUGAAAGGCACAAGGCGCUUGAUGAACCUUCGUCGCCACUUUCUGACAGCAGAGCAGAUGGCCGCUACAGAGCCAUGAUCGGAGGAACCUCUGAUGACCAGUCUCACGAGCAGCGCCCGGGAGACACCAGGAAGAACUAUAAGAACAGACAGAAAGGAAAAAUGGACAAAGUCCGCGACGCUCUCUACGGCAACACUGCAACCACAAGUACGAAAGCCUCUCCAAGUUUCAACUCUCAAGAAAGAGAUAUGUACGACGAACACGAGAUGCUUCCACCCAAACGGAGCAGUGCAUCCAGGGUACUGCCCUGCCUGCAUUACAUUGUUAUGCAGCUUCAGAUGUUUUGGAAUUUUCAGACGCUCGGCAAUUCAAGAGGUCAACGGACUGUAGACUCGAUCAUAAUGUAUCAAAACUAUGGAGUGCCUACUAAAGCUCGAGUCAUUAAUAUGGAAGAUAAACAAAUAGUGUUCCCAGAGGAUGAUGAUUCUGAUAUCAUUAUUGUGAACGAAGACUAUCAUAGAAAUGUUAUAGGAGAUGCUCCUGUAGAGAGUCUUAAAGAGGCUGGAGAGACUACAACGGAAAAUAGAUUCGAAGCUGUGGAUGCAGAUGAGUAUAUUUGGAUGACUACUGAAUGGUCCCCAUGCAGUGCUCCCUGUGGCAAACCGGGACAUCAAGUUAGGGGUGCUAUCUGUCAGCAUAAGACAGAUAACGGCACGACUACAGUCGAGACAGAGGAGUGUGCCUCAAGGGGCAGACGUGCGCCCCUUGUGUUGAGGUCGUGCGGUGGACCGCGAUGUGCGACCUGGCGAGCGGCACCCUGGCCUGCUCCGAGGUGCCUCAGUAAUGGAGCUGCAAUCUCUCGCCGUCGCGUCGAAUGCGUGGGAGACAAUGGCACAGUGCUGGUGGAUACAGCUUGCGACGCGGCUACCAAACCAGAAAAGAUUCAGAAAGAGCCGGCCCCCUGCAGGGCCGCCUGGGCGGUUGGGCCAUGGAGUAAGUGCGUAGGUACUUGCUCGUCAGUGGGUCGGCAGCACCGCGCGCUCCGCUGUGUGUGGCGCGUGCCGGGGGUCAGGCGACGGGGUAAGGAGAGGAGCGCCACUACUGCCUGCGAGGGGCUGCCCCGCCCCGGGGUCACCAGGUCCUGCCAGGUCCAUGCUUGUGUUACUAAAGAUGGCGUCUGCCGUGAUAGUUCCCGCUUCUGCGAAAAUGUGAGAGCCAUGAAUAUGUGCGCUUUAAAGCGGUACAGAGAGCAAUGCUGCAAAACAUGCUCCGACUGAGCAAACAAACACGACGACAGAUUCAUAUAAAGAAUACUGUCAUCCCAAUAUAACGGUCUCAACUUUGAAUGACGGACUCGAAUCAAGAAUAAAAUUUAAACGUCGAACACAUUCAAAUUCACAAUUCGAAUGCAGCGAAAUUACGAAUAAGGCUCGAUGAAAACUUAUCAAAUUAUUAACGGUCAGAGUGAAACGUUGCUAUCACGCUGUUCGAAUUUGGAACGCAGCCGACUGUAAAAUAGUUGGCUUUUCAACUAGUCGGACCGCUGUCAAGUAAAAUAUUUACCCGUAUUGAUCGCUUUGGAACGAGAGUGAACCAAAACUUUGUAUGAUCGUUAAUUAUUUAUGAGCGUUUACAAGAAGCCAGUUUCAAACCGAUGGAAUGGAAUCGAGAUUCGAGCCUAACAUAGCGUUCCAAUUUAAAUUUCGAACAAAGAACCCUCAAUUUAUUGUGCAAAUUCAUACAAAUUUACUUUUACAAUUGGAUUUCGAAUAAAAACAAAUUUGUGAAGAUUGAGAUUCGAAUGAAUUGAAUUCGUCUUCGGCAUUCAAAUUUGAAAGAACGCUUUUUAGUGAAAUUGAACUUUUAAAGGCUAAAGGACAGAUGUGAAGUGCGGUAUUCUUAAUGGAAUUAGUUUUAAUAAAUAUUUGAAUUCUAUUUUAAUUGAAAACUGAGUCACAUUGAAUUUGAAUACAAUGUAAUAAUUAAUAAUAGGUUUUCAAAACCUGCCAUUGUCGACGCAAUAGUUUGACUGGUGUUUUAGAGGUUAUUAUCACAGACUACAUAAAAAGACAGACGGUCGAGUAAUGUUUUUAUUUUAAAAACGAAUAUGAGGUUUACUUUUUAAAAUUGUUUUUUUUAAUUUUGUCAUCUUUUUCGGUUCACAGUCAUCAAAGCUCUGUGUUCUGUCUACCUUUUUUAUUCCAUGGAUUUUUUUUCAAUAUCAAGUCUAGAUAUCAAAGGAAAUUCAAUUCUCAGAGUUUCGUUUGGCGAAACUUAACGAAAUUAUACGAGUGACUGGGUGCAAAGAGACCUAGUAAUACUUGAUCACUUUUAAUUUUC